AUGCACUGUUUUUCUUUUCCCCAUGCAUGCGCCUCUAUCUAUCUAUCUAUCUAUCUAUCUAUCUAUCUAUCUAUCUAUCUAUUUAUCUAUCUAUCUAUUAAACGGAUUUUUCAUUCGACAUUAUUUCUUAUUACAAUAAACAUUAAUUUAAUGGGUGUAUGGGGAGGAUAUGGUGGUUACACCGGAUCUUACAAUCCUUCUGUCAGCACUACAUACCAGGGUACACAUUAUCCAGGCUAUCAUGGAUGGGGAUACGGCCACAGUGGAUGGGGAGGAUAUGGCGGUCAUUAUACUACCGGACAUUCUGUUAGCUCUGUUUCUCAUGGUGUCUCUCAUCCAGUAGGCUACAGCGGAUGGGGUCUUAAUGGCUUAGGAUAUGGCUGGAACUACCCUACUGGAACAUGGGGAGGAUAUAGCUCUUAUUACCCUACCGGACAUUCUGUUAGCUCUGUUUCCCAUGGUGUCUCUCAUCCAGUAGGCUACGGUGGAUGGGGUCUUAAUGGCUUGGGAUAUGGCUUGAACUACCCAACUGGAGCAUGGGGAGGAUAUAGCUCUUAUUACCCUACCGGACAUUCUGUUAGCUCAGUUUCCCAUGGAGUCUCUCAUCCAGUAGGCAACGGCGGAUGGGGUCUUAAUAGCUUGGGAUAUGGCUGGAACUACCCUACUGGAACAUGGGGAGGAUAUAGCUCUUAUUACCCUACCGGACAUUCUGUUAGCUCUGUUUCCAUGGUGUCUCUCAUCCACUCUGUUUCCCAUGGUGUCUCUCAUCCAGUAGGCUACGGUGGAUGGGGUCUUAAUGGCUUGGGAUAUGGCUGGAACUACCCUACUGGAACAUGGGGAGGAUAUAGCUCUUAUUACCCUACCGGACAUUCUGUUAGCUCAGUUUCCCAUGGUAUCUCUCAUCCAGUAGGCUACGGUGGAUGGGGUCUUAAUGGCUUGGGAUAUGGCUGGAACUAUCCUACUGGAACAUGGGGAGGAUAUAGCUCUUAUUACCCUACCGGACAUUCUGUUAGCUCAGUUUCCCAUGGUGUCUCUCAUCCAGUAGGCUACAGUGGAUGGGGUCUUAAUGGCUUAGGAUAUGGCUGGAACUACCCAACUGGAGCAUGGGGAGGAUAUAGCUCUUAUUACCCUACCGGACAUUCUGUUAGCUCAGUUUCCCAUGGAGUCUCUCAUCCAGUAGGCUACGGCGGAUGGGGUCUUAAUGGCUUGGGAUAUGGCUGGAACUACCCUACUGGAACAUGGGGAGGAUAUAGCUCUUAUUACCCUACCGGACAUUCUGUUAGCUCUGUUUCCCAUGGUGCAGUAGGCUAUGGUGUAAAAGGCUUCGGGACAUGUGGCGCAUGGGUCGAAGGCAGCCGCUCGUUUUCGUCUCGCGUAGUUCGGAGUUCCCUCGAUCGGGGCCGCCCGCGGCGGGUGCCAGGCCCAUUCGGUGCGGACGGCGAGCGUCGGCCUUCGAUCCGAGAGUCGGGUUGCUUAGGAACGCAGCCCAAAUUGGGUGGUAAGCUCCAUCCAAGGCUAAAUACCGGACUGAGUCCCCCCGCGAUCGCUGUGAGCGGUCCCACCCGUUUACCCCUGGGCGGUUUCACGUUCUCUUGA